AUGUCUCGCAACGGAACCACCCUUUACGUGUCCGGCUUCAGCCACGGCACUCGCGCGCGCGACCUUGCGUACGAAUUCGAGCGCUACGGCCGUCUGGUUCGCUGUGAUAUCCCGGCUCCGCGGUCCGCCAGCAGCAGGCUGUUUGCUUUCGUGGAGUACGAGGAUCGCCGCGAUGCGGACGACGCGUAUCAUGAUAUGCACAACAAGCGCAUCGGUCGCGACGAUGUGCUGAAGAUUGAGUGGGCUCGUACCCCGCCUUCCGCUUCGUGGCGGUUCGACCGCAGUGAACGGGAGCGUGGACCGCGCCGCUCUUCCCCGCGCCGCCGGUCGCCCAGCCCGCGUCGUCGCGACUACUCGCCUAGGAAGGAUGAUCGCCGUGACCGCGACCGGGACCGUGACUACGACCGUGAUCGCCGCGACACCCGUGACCGCUCGCGCAGCCCUGAUCGCGAUCGGGACCGUGACACCAAGGACGACCGUGACCGUGACGAGCGCGACCGUCGCGAGAACGGCGCGAAUGGGGACGACAGGAAGCCCAUCGACAGCCCCGAUCGGCCGGCCCACGACGACCUCGAUGUCGCCGAAUGA